AUUAGGGUUACUAAUCAGGACACUAGAUGACCCGGGCCCAACAACAGUGACCACGAUGAGCACAGCGAGGCUGAAGCGCAAGCUCGGCGACCUAGGCAUCGACACAUCCAGCAGAAAGGCAAACGAGAACUUCUGCCUUAUCGGCACCCCGCUUCCCCCACUCGAAAAGUCGAAAGACACAGGCGAGUUCGUGCCGUUAUGGAAGCAAGAGGUGAGGGAUGAGAAGGGCAGGAGAAGAUUGCAUGGAGCCUUUACUGGCGGUUUUUCUGCUGGGUACUUCAAUACAGUGGGUUCUAAGGAAGGAUGGACACCGUCAACAUUCGUAUCCUCGCGGUCCGACAGGGCCAAUAACAAGAACCGCCCUUCCCGCCCAGAAGACUUCAUGGACGACGAAGACCUCACAGGAAUGCGUGAAGACCAAAAGCUGGUCGAUGAGCAUGAGCAGAUGGAUUUACUCGGAGGCACGCAAGAUGAAAUGAGCAAACGUGGCGAGGGUGCCGACGACAAAGACGCAAUCACCCUCGCACUUGAACAGUCUCUCCUCCCAGCACCAAAAGAUUCUGUAGGCGCCCGCAUUCUCAAGAAGAUGGGCUGGCGCAUUGGGCAAGGUGUCGGCCCACGGAUAACAUGGCGUCAGCGUGAAAUGGCAUUCGGCCGUGACCCAGACGUGCCAACUGAUGAUAUAGAUGAGGAAGCGAAGAAACACUUGUACGCCCCUCGAGAUACACCGUUGAUCAUCGUCGAGAGGAAGGAUAACUUUCAUGGCUUGGGCUAUGACCCUGGGCUAGGACUGCAUGCGAGUCUCGGCGUUACGCCUGAAUCUUCCAAACAAUCCAGUGACCCACGUUUAGCUGGCGGUUUUGGCCUCGGCGCGCUGAAUGAUGCAGAUGACGACGACUUAGAUAUUUAUGAUCACUCCCAGAUGCACGGUAGGAAUCGGCAUGCUUACGAUGCCAAUGAUGCGCACGAUGAGGAGCGUGUUUCCAUGAGUUCGCGAUCACAAAGCGCACGGAAUUUAGCAAAGGCGGCACAACCUCAAAGACCUUCUACCGGGCAAAUAACGUUUCGUGAUGGGAGACAGCCUUUGAACGGGUUCGUCAUAUCUGAUAAACCCGUGGCGGAGGACCUUUGCUUCCCAAUACCAGAUAUGCCAAAAGAUUGGACGCCAAACCCCAAACGCGUUUGGGAGAGGGAGAAAGAAAAUUCAAAAGAUAAAGAGAACGUUGUUAUCCCUCCUCCGUCACAAACCCAGACAUACGCCCAGUGGAAAACAGGUAUCUCUGCGAACCAGCGGGGAGCAGUACUCGGUGAGACUCCCCUCCCUUCUGCAACCAGGUCCGUCUUCGAGUACAUCUCCAAGAAAGACCAAGAACGCAUCAAGAACAUCGCUGCAAGCCGUUUUGCACCUGAAUCUACGUCCGACGCCCCCUCGCCAGGUCCACCACUCCCCACGCCCCCCACGAUCACACACACCGAGCCUCACGUCGCCCAAGCUGCCCUCCUCGGUUUCCAGCCCUUCACGACCGAUCCCUCCAAGCAGGCAAGGUAUACAGCCUAUCUCCGUGCGCACGCACAGCCCGGCUCAGGGGCAAUUCCACCCACGCAGAUGUCUGGGCAGUCACCCGAGGAGUUCGCAAAAGAGAUAAGUGAUUAUGCCAAGUCAGCUGCCCUAUUCCGCCCCGUCUCUGGAGCCAUGGCCGGGCGGUUUACAAGUGCCGCUGUUCUGGAUCUCGGGCCAAAGAUCAUCGAGGGACUGCACACGCCUGCUGCACAACCGGAAGAGGGAGCGGACAACAUGGAUGUGGCGGAGGAGAAACCGAAGGAGGAAGUGAAGGAAGAAGACCCGAAGGUGCACGCUGCUCGACUGGGCAUGUAUGGUGUUAUGACGCGUGAGGUGCAUCCGUGGCAGCCCGCAAAGCUGCUGUGCAAGCGGUUUGGUGUGAAGGAUCCAGAUCUGGAGGUCCCUGUCGAUACCCCUGGGCCAUCAGCGCAGGCUGCGGGACCUGAGUUCACAGGCACAGCGCCAGCAGACGAAUUUGCGGGUGCUAGCGCGAAAGCGACGCAAGUGGAGAAUGGGGGCUCUGGGAGUGGCAAGCGCGAUGUUGCAAAUAUUGGCUUGGGGGAAGAGGAUGGGCAGGGGGAUGAUGUGCUAACGUAUGAGCGUCCUGGGAUGGAUAUUUUCAAAGCAAUUUUUGCGAGCGAUGAUGAGGAGAGUGAUGAGGAGAAGGAUCGCAUGGAUGAUGUUGAUGAGGCGGACGAACCCCCUGCUAUCUCUGCGCCAGCUGGGCCUUCUGAACCGGUCCCCGAGGUCAAGCCAGCACCACCAGCCAACGGCGUCGUAGAAGAUGUCGACCUUGCCACAUUCAAGCCUACCUUCAUACCUAGGGCAUCCAAAACGAAAGACGCGGAGAAGAAGGAAAAGAAAACCAAGAAACAGAAGAGCUCCAAGGGCGGCGCGCUUGUUUCCUUUGAUGUAGACGAGGAUGGCGGGGAGUCGUUAUCGCUCACUACUGCGUGUCAAAAACACCGCGAUCGGGAUAGCGAGCGGCCGAGGAAGAAGAAACGGAAGGAGCGAGACGGGGACGGAGGUGAUGAUAUGUGGGUUGAGAAGCCUCCGCCGGAUAUCGUAAAGGUUUUGCCUAUCGAUCUGUCGCACGAUGAGGGCGGUCAGGUUGGUGGACAGGAAAGUGGACCUCCUCGUGCUCGUAAGAGGGCAAUUGAUUUCAUGUAACGCUAGUCUACACUGCUAGGUGUGCUAUAUACAGGUUUAUGAAGGUUAGCAUCCAUUAGUUUUGGCGUGUAGCUGUGUCCCUUGAAUAAAUCCUUGACCGGCACAUGUACUUGGCCACGAUGACCAUCAAUGUGUAGGUGAGCCUGCACUACGACCCCCC